GCCAGAGCAGGGCGAAUAGACAAGAAGCCGAUGACGCUGCGUCGAGGGACCUGUCAUCUAUGCCCUGCUCGGCGACACCUCUCGUGGCUAUUGUUGACGGGUCAGAGUGGGCUGACAAGAUACAGAUGCAGCCAGAGCAGGGCGAAUAGACAAGAAGCCGAUGACGCUGCGUCGAGGGACCUGUCAUCUAUGCCCUGCUCAGCGACACCUCUCGUGGCUAUUGUUGAUGGGUCAGAGUGGGCUGACAAGAUACAGGUCCAUGUAAUUUGGAAAAGUACGUAUAUGAAGAUGGGCGGGACUUCUAACCCUAGAAAUGGCAACCAGGAAUAUGCCAGGCACAUGAAACCAGCCAUCCAGAUCAACUUCAGCCAAUGGGAAAUUAGCUCCUUGUCCUUUAAAACUUGUUGCUGCAUCUCCUCCUUCGAGUGGCAAGGCGAUUCUAAUCAUGGAGUGAGGGGGCCAGGGCCGCUACACUAAACAGAUAAAAGCGCUGUUGUCAAGUAAGUAAGUAUUAAGGUAAGUAUUCAUACCUUUUUCUGUUGAAACUGUCGUUUCUUUGGUCUCCCACGCCCGCGGGUAUUUC